AUGGCGGAAAAUGCAUCAAACACUGUGGCACCGACACAACAAUUGGAGAAUGGAAAAAAGGAGAAGGACAACCAUUUGGCCAAUGUCGUUUUCAAUCCGUGCAAAUCGGUGACAUAUCGACCGAUACCCGCGAAACAAAUGGCCGAGGUGAAUAUAACUAACAACGAAAAAACGCCGAUCAUUUUUAAAUGGAAGUCGACUCGUCCUGGAAUGUACAAAAUGCGACCCGUCUAUGGUGUCCUCAAUGUUGGCGAGAAAGCCACCAUUCGCCUUUUCUGUAAAGGCGUCAAAGAUGAGCAAUGCCCUCUUGCUGAUCGCUACACAUGUGUCUUGGCGGCUUCGCCAUCGCCGAACGUCAAUCCGGAAAACAUUUGGAGUAAUCAUAAAUACCAGCAGAAACUUGCUCAAACCGGCAAACUUCGUAAAGUGAAGCUGGCCGUACUCUAUCAGGGCAUCAACGACAACGUCGAUGUUGAAACCAAAGACGAGGAAGGCGAUGACGAGAAGGAUCGCGUUGGCAAGAUCAAGUCGAAGGCGAAGAAGGCGGCGGCUGAAAAGAAGGAGAGAGAAGAAAGGGAGAAGAAGGAGGACAAGAAGUCGAAGAUUAUGACGGCGACGAAGACCGAAGCCAAAAAGAAGAAGGCGAUUGUGAUGAUGUUCGUUCGCAACGACGGCGAAUCGGAAUCCGGAGAGGACGAGGAUGAUAAGGAUGAUAUGAAGACGGUGAAUCCCGCCGGAACAUUCGACACAAGACAGACGCCGGUGCCAGCAGAAGUUCCAGGAAAAGAAGUAACGACAAUGAAAACCGUGAAACCCGCUGGCGAGUUCACCAACGAACAGCAGCCAAAGAAAUAA